AUGCAAAAUAAUCGUCGAAUAUGGAUGAAACAAAAAUCAGUUGUUUCAAGUUAUGGUCCUGGAAAUUCUUUGUAUUCCACAACUGAAUCUUUAACUGCACAAGAUAUUGAAAAUUAUUUUCGUAUUAUUCCAAUUCGACCGAAUUCGACAACAAAUUCGAUUGAUAACUCAAUAUUAAAUACAAAUGAACGUAAAACUGUGCAAUAUCUUCGUCCAACAUCAUUUGAACAACAACAAAAAGAAGUUCAACAGUUAAAUAAAAAUAAAAUUGAUAUUAUUCCAUAUUGCUUUCUCCAGAUAUUACCAAUUGAUCAAAAAGCUUGUGCUCAUGUUUUGGGUGAUAAUGAUGAUGAAACAACAGUUAGUUCAUCAAUAAAUAAUCGUUUAUCUCGAUUAAAUAUAAAUCGAGAUCAAGAACAUAUGUCUGAUAUUGAAGGACGAACAGAUCCUGACGGUGCACAAAGUGAAGCUGAUAAAGAAGAAAUUCGACAAAUACUUGGUAUCUCACAUGCAUUGAAAACAUUUGAUGAUUAUAAAGAAAUAAAACAAUGGAUUAAUCAAGAUAUAACAUUAUCUGUUUAUGCACAAAAAGAUAAAAUAUUAUCAAUUAUUGAAACAAAUUCAAUAACAAUUAUUCAAGGAAAUACAGGAUCAGGAAAAUCUACACAAAUUCCUCAAUAUAUUUUAGAUGAUUACGUUAAACGUUCAAAACCAGUUAAUAUUGUUGUAACGCAACCACGACGUAUUGCUGCACGUUCACUUUGUGAACAUAUAUCACGUUCAAGAAAUUGGCCUGUUGGACAAACAGUUGGUUAUCAAACAAGUUUAAAUAAACAAUGUUGUGAAUUAACAAGAAUCUUAUAUUGUACAACUGGUGUUCUUUUAGAAAGAUUAAUUUUAACAAAAACUUUACAAGGUUUUACACAUAUUAUUCUUGAUGAAGUUCAUGAACGUGAUCAACCAAUGGAUCUUCUCUUAAUAUUAGUUCGUACAUUAUGGCUUCGAAAUUCUCAAAAUGUUAAAAUAAUUUUAAUGUCAGCAACAAUUGAAAUAGAUAAAUUAGCUCAUUAUUUUCGUCAAGUUAUUAAUGGACAAAUUGUUCCAGCUUAUCAAUUUCAAAUAGGUGAUCGACUUUUUGAUGUUCAAGAUAUGUAUUUAGAACAUAUUCAAAAUUAUGGUCUUUUACCAGAUUUAAAAUUAAGUGAAGCACGUUUAUCUCGUGAAGCAAUUGAUCUUUCUGUUAAAUUAAUAAAAAGUUUUGAUGAUGAAGAUAGUAUGGCUGGAUGGGAUCAUACAAAAAAUUUACCUAUUAAACGUGCUACUGUACUUGUUUUUCUUCCUGGUUUACUUGAAAUUCAAACAGUUCAUGAAGCUCUUCGAUUUCCACGUGGAAAACCAGAUUCAGCUAAAUUUAAUUUAGAUGAUUAUGAUGAAUGUAUUAAAUUUAAUUAUGAUGUUAUUCCAUUACAUUCAGAUUUAGCCAUGGAUGAUCAAAUGAACAUUUUUACACCAGCAAAAAGUACUUUUAGAAAGAUAAUUUUGGCAACAAAUAUAGCUGAAAGUUCAAUUACGAUUCCCGAUGUUCGAUAUGUAAUUGAUUUUUGUUUGGGUAAACAAAUGGUUUGUGAUCCUGAAACAAAUUAUUCAUGUUUACAACUUGUAUGGGCAUCAAAAGCUAAUUGUGAUCAACGACGAGGUCGAGCUGGUCGUGUUGCACAUGGAAAAUGUUAUCGUCUUGUUAAAUUACAUUUAUAUAAUUCUCUUUCAGCAUAUCAAAAACCUGCACUUGUACAAGAAUCACUUGAUCGUGUUGUUCUUCAAGCAAAAAAAUUAAAUAUUGGUGAACCAAAAUCUAUAUUAGCUCUUGCAUUAGAACCACCAAAUAUUAAUGAUAUUGAAGUGACAGUUCUUAAAUUAAAAGAAGUUGGUGCAUUAACAAUUCAUAUGGGUCAAGAUGAAAUUCGUCCAUUUGAUGGAGAUUUAACAUAUCUUGGAAAAAUAAUGGCAGCAUUACCAAUUGAUAUUGAAUUAUCACGUUUAAUUGCAUUAGGACAUGCAUUUGGUUUAGUUUAUGAAGCUGUUAUUAUAGCUGCAUGUUUAUCAACAAAAAGUAUUUUUAAAAUUUAUUAUAAAGAUCGUUUAGCUGCUUAUAAAAGUAAAUUUAAUUUUGCUGCUGGAACAUUUUGUGAUUGUCAAGCAUUUUUAAAUGUUUAUAAAACAUGGCUUUAUCAUGAAAGUAAUCAACAAUUUCGAACAGCUGAUGCUGAACGUCGUUGGGCACAUUUACAUAAUGUUGAUAUAAAACGUUUACGUGAAGUACAUUUACUUAUUGAUGAAUUACGAAAUCGUUUACGUCAAUUACAUAUAUUUGUACCACGUGAUGUUGAAUCAGAUCAAAUGCAAAGACGAAGAAAUCCAAUUGCUCAACAACAAAACUUAUUAAAUCUUAAAAUUAUAAUUGCUGGUGCUUUUUAUCCAAAUUAUUAUAUUCGAGAACCGAUUGAAUCUGAAGCAGUCGAUCGAGAAUUGUCAUCCAAAGAUCCAUUGAGAACAAUCACGCUUCGAAAUGUUCCAUUGAAUGAAGGAAUUUUAUAUCGAAGUCAAAUUGAACAACAACUUAAAUCAUUAGUUGAUAUUGAAGAUAUGAAAAUAACAUUUGAAAAUACAAAAGCACUUGUUGAAUUUGCUCCACAACAUUCGACCCGUCAAAUUGUAAAUCCAUCUGAAUUACCUAUUGAUCAAAUAGUUACAUCAGCUACAUCACAUACAAAUAUUUUACCAGCUGUUUAUUUUGCUAUUAAAGCUCGAAUAACAAAUCAUAAAAUAAUUUUACAAACAUUUGAACGAUCAGCAGCAUUACAACGUGUUGAACGUCUUCGUUUAUAUAUGUCUCGAGGAGAAAUACAAAAUGAUAUGUUAUAUAAUGAAAGAGAUGUAUUUGAAGAACAUCGUGAUGCUUUACUUCGUUUAGCUCAACGACAAACAACAAUUUAUUCAUUACCACAACAAAAAUUACCUGAUAUAAAAUGUCAAUAUUUAACAAUAAAUGUUUCAACUGUUGUUGAUGUAAAUCAUUUUUGGGCACAAUAUGUUGAUCGUGAAACAAAUGCACAAAUGAAACAAAUAAAUGAUUUACUUUCACGUCCAUUAAUUCCAUUAACAUCAACAUCAAUUGAAAUUGGUAUGAUGUGUGCUGCACCAUUUAUUCUUGUAUCACCACGAACAACAACAACAACAACACCAAAUAAUAAUAAUAGUAAUAAUAGUCAACUUGUUAAACGAUAUCAAUAUUAUCGAGCAAGAGUAACACAUCGAAUUGAUAAUGUUACUGUUGAAGUAUUUUUUGUUGAUUGGGGAAAUACUGAACAAAUUGCUAUUGAUCAAUUACGUACACUUGAACCAUCUCUUUUAAAAAUUGCUCCACUUGCAUUUGAAUGUCAAUUAUGGUCUAUUCGACCAAAUAUAGCUCGUUAUCCAUUAAAUACUUGGCCAAUUCCAGCACUUAAUUAUGUUUGUUCACUUAUUCUUGAACGACAUGUUGAAGCAGAAAUAAAAGCUGUUGCACGAAAUAUUGUUAAAUGUGAUAUUCUAUUAGAUACGCAAUCAACUCGUACUCAUUCAAAUCAACAUCAUCAACGAUAUAAUGAUAUGGGACGCACAACACUUCGACAAAAUUUAAUUAAUAAAGCUUUUGCUGAAACAGCAAAUGAAGAACAUAUUUUCGAGCAUGAUUAUCGAAUACGUCGUGAUGCUCAACGAUUUAUUAGUCAUACAACUGAUUUAUCCUCAAGUACUGAUCCAAGUAAUACAUCAGUACAAAUGAUUGAUAUUCCGAAAGAAUUAUGUGAAGUUUAUGAACGAAAAGAAAUUGGUCAACCUGUAACAUUAACUGGUCCAUAUUCACCAUUAGAAGCAAGUCAUUCAUCAUGUCAUUAUGCAACAAAAAUGCGACGUGUUCAAAUCGAUGGUGAAUCAAUAAAUUCCGUUGGUUUAGAAGAAGAACAGCAUUGUAAUUAUCGUCGUUUACUUGUUGCAUUUGGUGUUCAUCUUUUACAAACACGACAAGUUGUUUCACUUCGUCACACAACUUUAAUGCCAUCUAUUCGUGGUUUACCAGCUUUGAUUGCAAUGAUUUUUGCACCAACAAUUGAAUUAAGGCUUGAUGAAGAAGGAAAAAUGAAAACAGGUGUAUUGUGUGGUCUUGGAUAUAAUCCAGUAACAAAUACUUCUCUCUAUCCUGAUCAUGAUAUGGAUAUUGGAUUUGAUGUACAAAUAUCAACUGAAGAUCUUGUUAGAAUCAAUGAAAUUCGUAAACAAAUGAAUUUAGCUUUAUAUAGUCCAGAAUCAGCUGGUAACAGAGAUUUAUUGAGAUCAGUUCGACGAAUAAUUAAUAGUGAAUUACAAAAAUUACUCGAAGCAAAACGACCACCGAAUCGAAACAAUUAUUUUGGAACAUUUCAAUGGAAUAGAUUGAAUCCUGAUGAUCGUGUUCCAAAAAUGGCUGAAGAUGUUUCACCUGAUCAUCUUAAACUAUUUCCACUUCAUGAUGAUGUCAUUACACGCACAGUUGAAAUUGAUGAUGAAUAUCGUUUGAAGAUGAUGUAUCAUCUUAUUUGGCUUCGAGAAAAAGCAACAAUUACUACUUUCAUGUGUCAGAUUACUUGUGAACUAUGUGAUAUGGAUUUUAAUUUCACUUCAGAUUUAUUUGCCCAUUUAUCGUCAAGUCAACAUCGAGAACUUGUUCGACAACUUCAUCUCACUCAUUGUGUAUAA